AUGGAAAAGUCAUCAACACCAUCGGGACUUGAAAAAGUCAAAGCGGAGAAAGAGAUGAGUGCCAUGGAUUGUGACUUCUUCAAUGAACUCAGACUGGAUGGUAAACUCUGUGAUGUGAUUCUCAAGGUUAAAGGAAAGAGAUUCAAAGCUCACAAGAACAUCCUUUGUAGCUGCAGUACUUACUUCAGGAAUUUGUUUACCAGGGGUGGAAGCAAAACAGAGAAGAGUGUAUACAACAUUGUCGGGGUUUCUCCAGACCUGAUGAAUAUGGUCAUAGAAUAUGCUUACACUAGAAAUAUAUCAAUCACAGCUGACAAUGUGGAUCAACUAUGGACUACAGCGUAUCAUUUUGGUGUGUUAGGCAUUGUGAGGGCAUGCUCUAAAUUUCUUAUAUCUCAGCUCUGCCCAGAAAAUUGCAUUAAAUUAUACACCCUUGCAGAUAGCUAUGACUGCAAUGAACUGAAAUGCAAAGCCUACAACUUCAUUCUUCGCAACUUUGAGGAGAUGGUAGAAGUAUCUAAAGACUUUUUGCAGCUCCCAGCUUCUAAACUUGGAGAAAUAAUUGAUAAUGAUGAGCUGAAUGCUAAAAAAGAGGAAGUGGUGUUUGAAGCCAUUGUCAAAUGGAUCGCCAAUGAUGCACAUAACAGAAAAAAAUGCAUGUCAGUUUUGCUUCCCAAGGUGCGAGUAGCCCUAUUGGAUGAUGAUUAUUUCAUGAGUAAUGUCAAAAAUAAUGACUAUGUGAAAGACAGCAAAGAUUGCAAGGCUAUUAUCAUAAAUGCUAUCAAAGUCAAGUUUGAUCUUAAAAUGAAUGGACCUUCCAAUCAAGAUUUCAGGCUAAUUAGGCCCCGACUUCCAGAUGCAAUCCUGUUUGCUUUUGGUGGCUGGAAUGAUGAUAUCCCAACGAAUGUCAUUGAAACAUAUGAUGCUCGUGCUGAUAGGUGGGUGGAUGUCACAUGUAAAGGAGAAAGGCCUCGUGCAGGUCAUGGUGCAGCAUACCUAAAAGGAUACGUGUAUCUUAUUGGUGGACACGAUGGGAAAGAUUAUCUAAGCACUGUCAGAUGCUUCAACCCUGUGAAAAUGACAUGGCAGCAAGUUGCUCCAAUGUAUUUAAGGCGCUGCUAUGUUAGUGUGGCUGUACUGAAUGACUUCAUUUAUGCCAUGGGGGGAUAUGAUGGUUAUGUCCAUAGCAACAGUGCGGAGCAAUAUUCUCCUGAGAAGAACCAAUGGGCUUUGAUUUCCUCUAUGAAUGCACAGAGAACUUCUGCAAGUGCCACAUCUCUACAUGGAAAGGUGUAUAUAUGUGGAGGCUUUACUGGGAAUGAAUACUUAUCCACAGCUGAAGUAUACAAUCCAGUAACCAGCCAAUGGACCUUGAUUACACCAAUGGGAAGCAGACGAUGUGGGGUAGGAGUGAUUGCAUACGCAGAUCAAGUUUAUGCGAUGGGAGGUUUUGAUGGAAAUGAUUACCUUUGCAGUGCAGAGGUCUACAGUCCCAUUACCAAUACAUGGCAUAACAUUGCCAGCAUGUUGAGCUAUCGUAGCAGCUUUGGAAUUGAGGUGGUGGACAAUCUGAUCUUUGUUAUAGGUGGCUGGGAUGGAUUAAUAACCUCUUUAGUUAAUGUUGAAUGUUAUGAUGAGAACACUGAUGAAUGGUAUUUAGCUCAAGAACUGAAAAUUGACCGCAGAUCUUUGAGUUGCUGUGUCAUUCCAGACUUGCCAAAUGUUGGACAGUAUGUGGUGCCUAGAAACAGUUUUGAAGAGUUUUUAUUUGAUAAUGAAGAUACAUGGUCAUAUUCAUCUUCAGCUUCAUCUUCAGCUUCAUCAUCCUCUUCAUUUUGCACUUGUAGAUUAUCUUUCUGA